UGUCUUCUAAGACUUCACACGGGGAGCAGAAUAAACCCAAGUGCCAGGCAAUCUCUGCUCCAUGGGUUCCUUGGAGACCGCGCUCUGGUCUGUGCUCCAUGUGCGCACUCUCCUCCUGGGCGCUAUCGCCUUCCUCUUCUUUGCUUAUGUCUUCAGAAAGCGGCGCCCUAAGAACUACCCACCAGGGCCCCCAAGACUGCCCAUCCUGGGAAACUUCUUCCACGUGGACUUUGAGAAUUCUCACUUGCAGGUCCAGCAGAUGGUGAAGAAAUAUGGGAAUGUUAUUAGCCUGGAUUUUGGUGACAUGUACAUAGUCCUUUUGACUGGAUUACACUUAAUCAAAGAAGCCCUUGUCCACAAGGAUCAGCACUUCAUAAACCGUCCUAUGACUGCUAUCCGUGAGCGGGCCUUUAAAAAAAAUGGAUUGAUCUUUUCUAAUGGCCAGAUAUGGAAAGAGCAAAGAAGGUUCACCCUGACAACACUAAGGAACUUUGGUUUAGGGAAGAAGGGCUUGGAAGAACGAAUUCAGGAAGAGGCCUACUAUCUUGUCCAGUUUAUAAAGGAAGAGAAUGGACAGCCUUUUGAUCCUCACUUCAAGAUCAACAAUGCAGUUUCCAAUAUUAUUUGUUCUGUCACUUUUGGGGAGCGCUUUGAGUAUCAGGAUGAAAAAUUCCAGGAACUUCUAAGGACGCUGGAUGAGGUCAUAUGUUUGGAAGCUUCUGCAUGGUGCCAGUUCUAUAAUAUGCUCCCAAGGAUAAUUGAUUUACUUCCUGGGCCUCACCGAACUCUCUUUAAAGGCUGGGAAAAUCUGAAAUUGUUUGUUGCUGAAAUGAUUGAAAACCACAGGAGAGAUUGGAAUCCCAAUGAAACAAGAGACUUUAUUGAUGCUUUUUUCAAGGAAAUGGAAAAGCAUAAAGGAGAAAUUGUUUCCAGCUUCAAUGAAGAAAACCUCAUCUGCACCACCCUGGACCUCUUCUUUGCUGGAACUGAGACGACUUCCACAACACUACGCUGGGCUUUGCUUUAUAUGGCCCUCUACCCAGACAUCCAAGAAAAUGUGCAUGCAGAGAUAGACAGAGUAAUUGGCCAGGCGCAGCAUCCAAGCAUGGCCCUCCGAGAGUCCAUGCCCUACACGCAUGCAGUGGUCCAUGAGGUGCUAAGAAUAGGCAAUAUCAUCCCAUUGAAUGUGCCCAGGGAAGUGGCUGCUGAUACCAACAUGGGUGAAUAUCAUUUGAAAAAGGGAACCAUGAUUUUAACCAAUCUGACUGCACUGCACAGUGACCCUGCCCAGUGGGCCACACCUGACACAUUCAAUCCAGAACAUUUUUUGGAGAAUGGACAGUUUAAAAAGAGGGAAGACUUUCUGCCUUUCUCCAUAGGAAAGCGGGCUUGCCUUGGAGAACAGUUAGCUAGGACCGAGUUGUUCAUUUUCUUCACCGCACUCUUGCAGAAGUUUACCUUCAGGCCCCCAGACAAUGAAAAAUUAACACAGAAGUUCAGGAUGGGUCUCACCAUUGCCCCUGUCAAAUAUAGAAUCUGUGCUGUCCCUAGGGCAUAGAUGCCUGCCCAGAAGGAGAGAAAAAGGCCCCUGGGAAGAGAUGAACUCUGAAGACAUGUCUGCUCACAAGCCAUAGACAAAAUAAAAGUAGUUCUGAAGAAAUGGGGGAAGUAGACUCAGAAGAAACUUCCCCACACACUUGCUUUUCCAGAGACCUCACCAAUUGCACUCAUGAGCACGGCAUAUCAUUUUAGCCUAUAUAUAAUUUAUCUUUUCUCACAGGAUAUAAAUGGAGGUUAUAUGAAGACCAGAUAUAAGGU